CGUCUCUGUGGUGCGGCCGCCAUGGGCGCCGAGCGGGAGGCGCGGGCCUGCGCCGCCUUCUACGGCACACGGGGCCUCGCCCCCACGGUGCUCUCCUGCCUGCGCUGCCUGCGGCACUUCGCGGGGAGCACUGCCAAGAGAUGCAAAGAGAAGCACCUGGAGGAGGCUCUCCAGCUGACACGGACGCUGAGCGAGGGUCUGCAGGCGCUGGGUGAGGCAGAGGCACGACCCCUGCUCCGCUGUGUCCUGGCUUUCCAGAUGGAGGCAACCAGCAGCUGCAGCUCCUUCCAGAAACUGGAACAGAUGGUGACCCAGCUGGCAGUGGGGAAGGAAGCCCUGUUGGCUCAGGAGGUGGACACACUGCUGACUGGCCUGGCACUGCAGGGAGAGGUGCUGUCUCCUGAGGACCUUCAGUCAGUGUCCAUGUUCCUGGAGGAGAGCAGCCUGGGCCGGCAGCACUGGCGGCAGAACCUGGCCCUGCUGCUGCAGCGCCUGGCCAGCACCCUGCACUGGGUGCUGCAGGGCCAGCCCACACCUGGCAGCACCUGGGGCUACCUGGUCAUCAAGGCCUGCCUCCAGGUCUUCCAGGUGCUGCCAGAGGAUGUGGCUCCCCUGGUGUGGAGCACAUCAGGAAAGAGUGAGACCCUGCAGAGCCUCUUGGGACUGCUGCUGGAGGUGGCUUGGGGGAAGGCCCUGAACAAGGACACGAGGUUGCUGGCAGGCACAGCCCUGAGCAUGUUGGUGAACACGGCCCCCCAGCCCCAGCGUGGGGCCAGUGCAGUGCUGACCCUGUUCCAGCUCCCCAGCCGAGCAGGCACUGGGGAGCUGAAGUUUGGGGAGCUAGUGGUGGAAGUGCCCCCUGUCCUGGAACCAGAUGGGCUGGAGAAGCUGGUGCUUACCAGAGGUGUGCUGACGUGCUGCAAGAUGGACAUCCUCAGCUGCCAGCUGGAGGGCCUCCCCCACAAGGCCUGCCUGCUGCUGGACAUGGUCUUUCCUGCAGUGUGUGCCCUGACCAGGGAUCAGAAGGACUGUCACUACUACUGCUUCCAAGCCUGUGCACUGUGGCUGCAGCGCCUGCGGGAGGGCCUGGCUGCUCUCUGGCACCUGACGGGGACCCACAUCCUGGCCCAGGACUCUGAGCUCCUCCAGGAGCUCACCCAGCUGCUGUGGAACAACGCAGAGACCCCGGUGGAAGGUGUGUCUGAUUUCAUCCACAGCUCCUUCCGAUUGCUCCUGGAGAUCUACCACCUGGAGUGCCAGCACUUCCAGGACCAGGAAAGACCCCUCUACCAACAGAUGCUGCAGAGGGUGGUCUCAAUGCCAUGGCAGAUCAAAGCAAGAUACGUGCCCCUGUGUGCCAUCGUCCCCUACAUGGGCAGCCAGCAGGUGCUGGAUGCCUACCCAGACCUGCCAGAGCAUCUCCUGAGCUGCCUCUCCACCAACCACCUGUGUCCCGCUGCUGCCGAGGUGUACAAGGUCCUGGUGCGGCAGCAGUGCAGCGAGUGGCGGGAUGGGCAGCGGGGCACAGAGGAGGCCCUGGCAGAGCAGUGGGCACUGUGCUGGCUCCCCCUGCUCUCCCAGGGCCUCUGCUCUCCCCUGCCCAUCCUGCAGAGCAACAGUGCCAACCACCUCCUCACCUGGACCCUGCGGCAGCUCCCGGCCACCCAGGCACUGCUGGCCGCCCAGUUUGGCGGCCAGGACACGAUGUCGCUCCGGGCUUGGGUGUCCGUGCUGAAGGCACAGAAGAGUGUGACAGGGGCCCUGCCGCUGGGGGAUGAGGCUCUGGAGCGGCUCUCCCGCUGCCUGGGCACCCGCGAGGAGGGCGUUCGGCUGGCAGCGCUGGGCCUGCUCUGCUGCAGCCCCAACACCAACCAGCCCCUCUCGGGCACCGAGGUGCGGCUGCUGCGGGAGUUCCUGCCCCUCAACCUCAACUGCGCCUCCUCCUCGUUCCGGCAGCUGCUGCAGGCAGCGGUGAGGAAGGCGCUGGUCCGGCUGCGGGACAGCUCGCUGGCCCAGCUGCGGGGGAAGGCGCCGCGGCUCUCGGGGCCGGCAGAGGGAGCUGAGCAGCUCGCCCAGGCAGUAGGCUUUGUGGAAUGGCUGCUGCGGCUCAGCAUCGCCUCACUCAGCCCAGGCUCCAACUACCAGAGGAAGAAGACGGCUCUGCUCCUCCUGGCCGCUGUUUUGGAGACCUGCACAGACACCUGGAGCCCCGACAGGAAGAAAGGCCAGCCCCCACGGACCAUGGCCACACUGCUGAGCUACGCCAGGCAGAGGGGCUGCUGGGACUUCUUCUCCCAGCCCAAUUUGUUGGCACUGCUGAGCUGCCUGCAGGACAGCACUAACGAGAUCAGAGACUUGGCCUCGGAGCUGCUUGUCCGCUACUUCCCCACCACAUUCCCUGAGCCCAUUGCCCUGGCUCUCUUCCAGCUGGCCCAGGACACCCUGGGCAGCCCCCGAGUGCAGGAGGCUGAAGCUGGAGCUGUGCUGAUGAAGACCAUCCUCCAGAAGUCAGACGGUGGCACCAUGAAGAGCCUGUCCCUGGAGGCUGAGGCAGCCCUGACACUGCCCGGCCGAGGGCUGUGCUUUGCCCAGCACCUUCUGCACCUGCUGCAAGCCCAGUACAAAGUGGCAUGCCAGGACCUGCUGUGUGCAGCAGCCACCGCACCGAUGCAUGGAGCCAUCGCAGCCCUGCGCAGGUGCCUGCUCCAGGUGCCAGAGGUGGCCAUCUCCAUGCAGGCAGCAGAGUUGGUGCAGAGCUGGCAGGAGCUCCUCACCUGCCUCGUGACCACAGUGAGAGACAUCACCUCCCUCCUCCUGGGGGCUCUGCAGAGCCAGCAAGGCCCUGGUGCUGAUGUGCAAGCUGCUGCCCCAUCAUUUGCAGAGAUGGGGAAUGCCAUUGGCUCCCUCAUCAUGCUGGGGAAGGGCCAGGGACAAGAGGAAGAGGAGGGUGACUCAGUCCUGCUGUCAGAGGAGCACAGCCUGAUCCUGACGUGCUGCUGGGUGUCAGUGAAGGAGAUUGGGCUGCUCCUGGGGGGCCUGGCUGAGCUGCUGCUAUCCCCAGCACUGCCUGCUGAAGUGGGGCCCCUCCUGCCACUCCCCACCCUGCAGAUGGCCACCAGGGUGUUCCAGGAAAUCCUGCUGCGGUGCCGCCACUGGGGAGCAGUGGAGGGCUGCAGCAUGGGCUUCACCAAAUUCUGUGCUGCACUGCUGAACCACCCAGAUCCAGAGCUGCAGGCCAUCCCACGGGCUGUGCUGGAGCAGGGCUUGGAAGCGCUGGGUGGGCCCCGGAGCAGCUCGAUCACGCGCCGUGCUGCCGGCUUCCCCAUGCUCUUCCUCUGCAUCGUCAGCGGGGAGGCCCCGGCGCAGGCACGGCCGCUCCUGACCCACUGCAUCCAGACACUGCUGACCUUGGCUGCCACGGCACUGCCACAGGACUGGGACCAGACCCUCGACCUCCCGCAGGUGUGUGCCCUCCACGUGCUGCAGACGCUGGUCCGUGGGGCGGGGCUGGGCGGGGCAGUGCUGUGCCAUGCCACACCCAUGAUGGCCCUGGCACUGCGGGGUCUGGGCUCACCCUGCUGGGCCAUGAGGAACGCAGCCAUCCAGCUCUUCAGCGCCCUCACAUCCCGGCUCCUGGGACAGCCAUGGAGCCACAGGGAUGGCUGCCCAUCAGAAGGGCUGAGCCUGCACGCCUUCCUCGGGCAGCACCCAAAGCUGGGCGCUGUGCUGCUCGGAGAGCUCAAGGUGGCCACAGCACCCACAACAGGGGGGCCCCGCCUGCACCCUGCACUCCAUGCCAUCCUCACCCUCUUGGCCCAGCUGCAGCCUGGCGCUGACAUUGCCGGCAGUCCCUCUGCUCCCUUCCUGGGGCCACUGCUAGGGCUGGCAGAGAGCCCCAUCUACGCCGUACGAGCGAUGGCUGCCAAGGCUCUGGUGCCCGUUGUCGCCCCUCCCCAGCGCUGCAGGCUCCUCCUGCAGCUGGCCCGGCAGCUCCCUGCAGCACCCGGGCACAUCCGCUCGCACAACGCUGUCCACGGGCACCUGCUGCAGAUGCAGGCACUGCUGGGCUCUGCCAGGGGCACCGGGGGGCUGUUGGCCGAGGCGCUGCACCCCGUGGUUCUGCAGCUGGAGGCACGGGGCUGGCUGCUCACCCCUGCCCAGCGCUGCCCCCUCGUCCGUGCUGCCUUCCUCCAGGUCCUUGCCCUCCUGCCCACAUCCUUCAGCCCUGGCUUCGCUCAGUACAUCCAUGACACCAUCAGCACCGAGCUGGGCAGCCUCCUGCGGGGGGGAAAGUCAGGCUGUGCCGAGCCACAGGUGGGCUCAGCCAUCCUCCACCAAUCCAUGGCCCACUUCAUGUGCAGCGAGGCAGCCCGGCUGGCGGACAGCGAGCGGAUUGGUGCUGUCUGCUCACUUCUCCAGCAGCCCAACCCCGACAUCCAGCUUGCCAUCCUGAGCUGGGUGAUUGCUGGGGAGGGAGGAUCAUGCAAGGAGGUGGAGAACGCUCUUGGGCUGACAUUGCUGGAGAGCUUGCAGUCGGUGCUGCAAGAGAGAAGGGAUAAAGAGUUCCUGAGAUUGUACCUUGAGGCUUUGCUGCAUCUUUACAGAGAUCCCUCAUCAUGGUCCCAGGAAGCUUCCAGUAAGCUCCAGGGCUCCUCAAGAUCAUGCCUGGAGAUGCUGCUGCACAUGGUGGAGGCUGAGUGUCCUGGGCCUGAUCUCCUCUUCCAGGCACUGUGUGUUGCCAGCCUGCUGCUUGCCCACCAGUGUGGGGACGAGGACGUUGCGCUGGUGGAGCGCUGGUGUGCAGCGCUGGAGGAGUGCAGCCGGUGCACCUGGUCUGAGGUGCAGCGGCUGGCAGCUGCCCGCUCCCUGCAGCUGGCAGGGCCCGGCGUGCUGCAGCCAUCCCUGCGUGCUGCCCGCUCCCUGCAGCUGGCAGGGCCCGGCGUGCUGCAGCCAUCCCUGCGUGCUGCCCGCUCCCUGCAGCUGGCAGGGCCCGGCGUGCUGCAGCCAUCCCUGCGUGCUGCCCGUCCCUCGCUCGUCCCCGUGGCUCUGCGGCUGAUAAACAUGGCCAUUCACCUUCUGCAAGAUGAGGAGCGGGAGGUCCGGCAUGAGGCCUCAGGUUUCGCCAGCCUCCUGCAGCAGAGCCCAGGGGAGCUGCUCCAAGAUGGCUGCAUCUUUGUGCAGGACAAUGUGGGGCUCCAGAGCCUCCUAGAGCUCCUUCUGGGAGAGUUCGGGGAGCACCCUGACACCUUCAACUCACUACUUCAACACAUCCCCAUCUUAGAUCUCAGGAGUGUUGUGGAGGAGUUGGAGGCCAACAAAGCUGCCAGCUUGUACAAGGAGGACGAACCCAAUGUUUUUGCAGAGCCAGCUGUCCUGGCACAGCAGCUGCUCCCUGUUCUGGUGCAGCUCCUGGAGAAGGCUCCCACUGGCAGCCCAGUCCAUGCCUCGGCUCUGCAGUGGCUGGAAGCCACAGGCCCCGGCGUGCUGAGGGACCUGCAGUACUGCAAACACUGCUGGAGCCAAGGUCCUGCUGUCCGCUGGGGGAUGAAGGCGCUGGGCUGUGCCAAACUCCACACAGCCCUGGCCCUGCUGCUGGUGAGGGCCCGGCUGCUGGCACAGGUGCUGCGGGUGCUGGGGGAAGGUGCCACCAACACGCCAGGCCUGGGCUAUGGCUCCCAGGAGUUGGAGCAGGAGCUGGAGCUGGUACAGGGGCUGCUGGUGCAGCACGGGCUGGCUCCUGUGCCAAAGCAGGACAAUGCACCAGGAGAGCUGGGACUACUGUUGGGGACUGACAGCUCCAGGCAUGCAGCAGUGUGACACAAAAUCCUGCAGCCAUCUCCCUCCAUUUCCUGGAUGCUCUCUCUGACCAGCAGCCAGGCCUGCAGGUUUGGUGGUGUAACUCAGGGGAACCCCACUCUCAGUGUGGGACACACUUUUGUUCCCAGUUUCUAACUCUGCAGCUGAGGACUCCAGUGCAGCAUUGCCUUGGCCUAUGUCCAUGGCUUCCUUGCCCUCAACUCUGGCUGGCAGGAGGGGACCUGAGCUCCAGAACUCUCACACCCCCUCAUGCUCAACUCCCAGCACCUGAUUUUUUAACCAGCACUUUGGUCCUUGGCCGACCUGGGCUUUUUUCCCAAAUAAAGAGGCCAAGAACA